UCGUAGCAAGAGGAUCGGUGGUUGCUCUCCUCGUUUCCUUCUGUGCAUCGCAACAGUUAUGUUUCCUAGUCGAGGGGUAACAAUAAUUCUCCGCCAAGAGUGCGCUUUCCCGCCUCCGCAACAGAGCUUUACCUGUUAGAUUUUCUCGAUUAUACACGCACAAUAACUUUCCUCGCAGCGCACGACAGAAUACGAAGAGUAAGCAUUGAUUGUGCGCUACUUCGCGAGAGCAAUUUGACGUCGUUUCAUAUCGUUUACUGGCGUGCUACAAGUUAUAAAAGAGCUGUAAUCGUGUUGAUUUUGAGACAUGUACGUAUUGUUGAAAAGUUAGGGAAGUGAUUGAUUACUUCCUGGCGUUUGCAUCGACCGUCUGAUAUAAACAACCAGCUCUCUUGCGAAUACCGAUUGUUGGCUGCGAGUGUAGUGUUUGCUAUUGCGUCAAACCAUAUAUAGUUUAUGGCAGCUAUCGUGACUAUGAAAUCACAGCGAAUCGCUCCGGCGGUAGGAAGGGAUCUUCUGAAUCCAGCUUUGAGAAACUACCCCUUAAAGCGGAAUAUUUGGCACAUCUUGUUGUUUGUCACCCGAUUUGUGCAAUAGUGAUGGCGGCUAAAAAUGCUUUAGACAAAAGACGGUGCAACUCUUCAGAAGAUGAAACGCAGUACUCAUCUCGGGAUUACGGGGACAACAAUGAUGGGGAUAAUACUCUGCUGGCCGUGGACUCGCAUUCCGUCUCUUCCUCUUCUUCAGAGGAAUAUGGUGGCUAUGUCAAUAAUGGUCUGCAAUCGGACGAAGACAGUGAAACCGGGAACAUGGACGUCAGCCAAAUAGUGGAGACAGUUCUGAGACAGCCGGUUUCGCCCGCUCUCCGCAUAAGCGAAUCUUCCGACGUGCACGUGGGGCCCAGUCUUACCUACAAUGGGCCUGUUACCAUCAACGUUACCGUACAGCCGCAGUCGGAACAUCAGGCAACACCGCCACAGUCUGACCCUCAGCUAGAGUGUCAACUGGAGCUUCGGAAUCAGAUCCAACCUCAGCUUCAAACCGAACACCCGCCCGAGCAACAACCGAUCUCUCACGCUCAGAUCCAGUCUCAAACUCAGAUUCAACAUCCUCCACAGCAACAACCGCUUCAAACUCAGAACGAGAUUCGAGAACCUCCUCGGCAACAGCCACUGUCUCAGACGCUGGACGAACCUUUGCCACAUACGCAACAACCCCGUUUGCAACAACCACAGACCAUGGUGCAGAGGAAUCUCCAGAUGUAUGGACAAGUUUCCAGGUCAUUGAAGCCGGCCGGGUGUCAGCUGAUAGCGGAGGAGCUCACACGGAAGGAUCAGUGGAUUGAGCUGGAGGUCGGUGACGUCGGCGCUGACGUAGUGGAGACGUGCUGCGAGCAAAACGUGACUAUUGUUGUGCUGCUUGUCAUCGUCAUCAUGGUCUUCGCAAUCGGUUUGACCUUGGUGAUUGGGUACAGGAACAACGCGCACAAUGCGUCACCAAGCCCUGAUGUCAGGGUAACCGAAUCGAUGACAAAAGGUGUAUCCCUGAACUUGAAGGAAAAUACAGAAAACGAACAAGAGAUCAAGCCUGGUAGGUCCCAAGAGUCUGGACAAAAAGUGAAAAACAAGAAGGAUAAGCGCUGCAAGGAUACAAAGGAUUGCAGCAGUUUGCCCUCGAAAAACGAUGAAUUGCCUAAGCGUCCAUAUAAACCUCAAAAUUCCUCUGAGGAGCAAAUUUCAGGACCCUGUCAACAUACUCUAGGCACAAGCACUGACUCACUUCCUAGUCGUGCAAGUUUUGGGCACACCGAAAGAACAUCUAUCGCUGCAACAACUGUAUGCAGUUGUAUCCAGCCACGAAAUAAACGCUCUUCUGGAACAUGAUCUUUCAGAAGUUGCUGAAUGAGAUCAUACCGAAAAUCUUCUAGUGUGAAGAAAAACGAAAUCUAUGAAGAAAUACAUCAUGACUUAUACUUUCAUUUUCUUCUGUUUCAUCAUUGAAGGCGAGUUGGGUGAACCUUACUAAAUAAUUAGCAUGUAGUUUUUAAAUUAUUUGAUGAUAUUUAUUGGUUUUUAUUUAAUAAGUAAAUGAAGGAAAUCGUUAUCAGUCAUAACAUUUUGGUUAUUAAUGAUUCACAGAAACAUUAUAUGUAAAUGUAAAAGUAUAUGUGACCGAAAUCAUGCAUGUAGUAACCAAAUGAAAUUUAUGUUAUCACCUGAACCCUUCCAAUAUCUACUACAAUUAACUGUAUUUGAUCUAUUGACCUUUCAAAAGAAAUUUUAAUAACAGUUUGCCUACGCUUACAAUGUAUAUAAUACAAAACAAUAUUCCUACAUUACUAUUUACAUUUGAUUAAAAAUGUGCUGGGUGUUUAUUCAAAAUACUACAUAUAAAAAUGUUUAACGUGCAAAUAUUAUGUGCUCAAAUAUUAUACCA